UCGUGUAUUGUUCGCGUCUUCGGCAGCAGCAGCAGGCAGUAGUCGUGAAUUAACUGUACUCUGCCACAGAGAGUCACAACGCCUUGUUUCCCAUACAAGAAAUAAAAAGCAACCAGUAAACAUGGAUCAGAUCAAGAAAUUCCUCGAGCCUGGCAAACAGUUCUCCAAAGACAGCAUUCGUCUUGUCAAGAGGUGCACCAAGCCCGAUCGCAAGGAAUUCCAGAAAAUUGCCAUUGCCACUGCUAUCGGCUUCUGCAUAAUGGGCUUCAUUGGUUUCUUUGUCAAACUCAUUCACAUUCCCAUCAACAAUAUCAUUGUAGGAUCAUAAGAAUUAAAGAUCAAGGAAAUGAAAAGCAGGUCUAAAAAGAUGUAUUGGUUUCCAUGAAACUGUGUUCUCUUCACACAACAUGAUAAAAACAAUUUUAUAGAACUCUUAUCUUUCUACAAACAUUCUGAAUUAUUUAAUUAUAACAAUUAUUAGAAGAACAUAUAUACUUCAAUGAAUAGACAUGAAUAUUUUCCAGAAUAUAUUUAUUAUAAUAUGUAAAUAUAAAAUUUUCUUAAGUAAAUAGUAUUGAUUUAAAA